UUCAAAAGAAACAUUGAAGGGUAGUCUAGCCUGUUUCAGAAUUGUGAUGUGCUUGCUGUGAAUGUUCUUAUUCCAAGAGCACAACACAUGGUUUUGUUAUAGUAUUACCUAAGGCAAAUCAGGACAAGUUUGACCAAAAUAUGGAUUCCUUUUUUCGGAGUGAAGAGAUGUGUCUUGUCCAGCUGUUUUUCCAAACUGAGUCAGCUCACAACUGCAUCAAUGAGCUAGGGCAUCUAGGACUGGUGCAAUUUAAAGAUCUAAAUCCUGGAACAGUCGCCUUUCAGCGCAGAUUUGUGAAGGAGGUGAAGAAAUGUGAGGAGAUGGAGAGAAUUCUUCGGUUCUUGGAAAAUGAGGUUGUCAAAUCAAACAUCCCCAUCCCAGCAGACUUUACCAGUGAGACAAUACCUUUUCCACGAGAUGUUCUGGAUUUAGAGUCUAUCUUUGAUAAACUGGAGCAGGAGCUGAAGGAGAUCAACUCGAACCGAGACACCCUCAGGCAGAACUUCACUCAACUAAUGGAGAUCAACCAUCUCCUGCAGAUGACUGAUGACUUUUUUGAGGAGGCUGAGUCCCAGCUUUCCAUCUCUGAGCUUCCUUCUGAAGACUCGGUGUACUCUUCCAGGGUGACAAGCCGACGCACCAGUUACACCAGCACCAACGGACCCCUGAAACUUGGGUUUGUUGCAGGAGUCAUCAAGCAUGAACGUUUCCCUGCCUUCGAAAAGAUCCUGUGGCGACUGUUUCAUGGAAACUUUGUCCUCCGCCAUGCUGAAAUCAAGCCCCAUGAGGAGGAGAACAUGGCUGAGGAUCCAGUGAAGAAGGAUGUGUUCGUAGUAUUUGUCCAAGGAGACCAGAUCAGAGGAAAGAUCAGAAAGCUAUGUGAUGGGUUUCAUGCCAGCAUGUAUCCAUGUCCCAACAAUGCGUACGCAAGAAAGGAAAUGAGAACAAACGCCAACACACGCAUCGAAGACCUUCGAUUGGUCCUGAAGAGGACAGAGGAGUUCCGUGCGACUGUCCUGACUGCAGCAGCAGCCAACCUCCAGGAGUGGACCACUAAAGUAAAGAAGAUGAAGGCCAUCUAUUACACAUUGAACCUGUGUAACAUAGACAUCACACAGAAGCUGAUUGUUGCUGAGAUUUGGUGUCCAGUGUCUGACCUAAACUCUGUGCACACUGCACUGAUACAUGGAUCAGAGCAGAGCGGCUCCAGUCUUAGCCCCGUCGUGAACAGAAUCCAAACCCAGCAGACACCCCCAACAUUCAACAGGGUUAACUCAUUUACCUCAGGUUUCCAGAGCAUCAUUGAUGCCUAUGGGGUCGGCAACUAUCAGGAAAUAAACCCAGCUCCAUACACCAUGGUGACCUUCCCCUUCCUGUUUGCGGUCAUGUUUGGAGACUGUGGUCACGGUCUCGUCAUGACUCUGCUCGCUUUAUGGCUGAUCCUACACCAAGAACACUUCAGGAAGCUGAAGAACGAGCUGAUUGACAUGCUGGUGGAUGGACGCUACAUUAUAUUCCUGAUGGGCCUCUUCUCCAUAUACACUGGCCUCAUCUACAACGACUGCUUCUCCAAGUCCUUCAACAUCUUUGGAUCCUCGUGGAGCGUCCGACCCAUGUUCCAUCCACACGGACCGUGGACUAAUGACACGUUGCAUGACUCUGGCCAUCUUCAUCUGGACCCCCUGGUGUCUGGAGUCUACUCUGGCAAUCCCUACCCAUUUGGUGUUGACCCGAUUUGGAAUAUUGCAUCGAAUAAGCUGUCGUUCCUGAACUCUUACAAGAUGAAGAUGUCUGUUAUCAUGGGAGUGGCCCACAUGCUCUUUGGAGUCACUCUGAGUCUGGUGAACUACAUAUUCUUCAGAAACUUAAAGGAUGUUGCGUUGCAGUUCAUUCCAGAGGUGAUUUUCAUGCUCUCUCUGUUUGGAUACCUGAUCUUCCUCAUCCUCUACAAGUGGUGUGUAGUGAUGAAGUCUGAAUCUGCUCCUAGCAUCCUGCUCCUCUUCAUCAACAUGAUACUCUUUGACUACAGCUCUGAGGGCACUGUACUUUACAGAACACAGAGACCUGUGCAAAUAUUUCUGGUGGUUGUUGCUGUGCUUAUGGUGCCUUGGCUACUGUUUGCCAAGCCCCUGCUCUUGUAUAGAAAACACAAGCUAUCAAAGCUGAAGCCCUCAACAAACAAGCUUCCCAUGCAGGUUUUUGGGAUCUCCAACCAAGAGGCUUCAGAUAGCAGGAAAGAGAAGGUCAGUAUGGCUGACAUUUUCGUGUACCAGGGCAUCCACACCAUCGAGUACUGCCUGGGCUGCAUCUCCAACACAGCCUCCUACCUCCGCCUGUGGGCUCUCAGUCUAGCUCAUGCUGAGCUGUCUGAGGUGCUGUGGAAGAUGGUUCUGCAGGUGGCUCUGAGGGUCACCUCGGGGAUGGGUUCUGUUCUGCUGGCAGUGACCUUUGCUGCCUUCGCUGUCCUCACAGUCACCAUUCUCCUGGUCAUGGAGGGUCUCUCUGCCUUCCUCCACGCCCUACGGCUGCACUGGGUUGAAUUCCAAAACAAGUUCUACAAAGGAUCUGGGUACAAGUUCACACCGCUUUCCUUCGACAGGAUGAGAGACAUGCAGUGAUUUCAGAUAGAGAAACGUGUUAUUGCUACGAGUCCGUUCUCAUAUUCAUUUAUUGUUUAUGUUGAUAUGUCUUUGUGUUAGUCAUUGAUCACAUUAAGUUGUUUUCGGUAUGUAGAUCGUACUCUAUAACUGUCGCCAUGGAAUGAAAAAUCUGUGCAAGCAAGGUGCAGCAUUUGCCACAAGAUGGCAGCACACAAUUAUUAGUCAGUCAUGGUUCUAAAAGUAGGCUACAUUCAGCAACAUAAGAAUUGCCAAAAGAACACAAAUACAAGGAGAUUUAGAUGAGCAUCUACUUCCGGAAAUGUCUAAAGAGUUGAAUUAGAUUAAAAAAACAAUGAACAACAUUUAGAUCCAACAAUAGUGUACAAAACAUUAAGGACACCUUUCUAAUAUUGAGUUGCACCCUGACCCUUUUCGUCGGGGCAUGGACUAUACAAGGCCUCAAAAGCAUUCCACAGGGAUGCUGGCCCAUGUUGACUCCACUGCUUCCCACAGUUGUGUCAAGUUGGAUGGAUGUCCUCUGGGUGGUGGACCAUUCUUGAUACACAUGGGGAAACUGUUGAGUGUUAAACCCAGCAGCGUUAUAGUUCUUGACACAAACCGGUGAGCCUGGCACUUACUACCGUACGCCAUUCAAAGGCACUUCAAUAUUUCUUCUUUCCCAUUCACCCUCUGAAUGGCACACAUACACAAUCCAUGUCUCAAUUGUCUCAAGGCUUAAAAAUCCUUCUUUAACCUGUCUCAUCUACACUGAUUGAAGUGGAAUUAACAAGUGACAUCAAUAAGGGAUCAUAGCUUUCACAUGGAUUUACCUGGUCAGUCUAUGUCAUUGGAAAGAGCAGGUGUUCUUAAUGUUUUGUACGCUCAGUUUAUAUCUGUGAAAUGUCUUGGGAUAGAGCAGGGAAAUGUUAUUCUGUUGUGAUUGUCUGUAGGGAUUCUUCUUGUACAUGCUUAGUGCAUUGAAAUUCAAAUCCCAAACCAAUCAGUGUAUCUGUUGCCUUGCAAGAGGUUUCAUAUUAAGAGUGUAAUAAUAGUGUAUAUCUUUGGGUUCAAGGGAAGUUGAACCCAAUCCCUUCAGCUAAAUAAAUACUUUCUUGUAUAAACUAAUUGGUCCUAAUAGGCCAAAGAUUAAAUUAGAGAGAGUAGAUUUAUCUAUAGAUUUGGUGGAUAGAUUAGUUAGUUGUGGAUGUGCUACAUUUGAUCAAUAUCUUGUCCACCGUGCUUCUACACCUGCAUUGCUUGCUGUUUGGGGUUUUAGGCUGGGUUUCUGUACAGCACUUCGAGAUAUUAGCUGAUGUACGAAGGGCUAUAUAAAAUAAACUUGAUUUGAAGAAAGAACUGCAUCAUUACCUAAACAUCAACAUUAGAAUGCUCCCUUGAAGGAACCACCAUGGACUGCAGGCUAAAUCUGCAGAGAUAUUUAGGCUAGUUGUUAAAGUAAAAACAUUCAGUGUGAAAAGCAGUGUAAAAAAAACACCUUUUGCAGUGAAGAGAAACACAUACGGUUUCAGCUCACUUCAUUGCCUUUCAACCGCUUCAGGAAAGGCGAUUCCCUGGUUACCUUGAAGAAUAACAGUUGACCUACAUGGCCACUGAGAUUGCCAAUAACAAUUGUCAGCUACAUAAAACAUUUUAAAGAAUCAAGUCGCACAUUCAUAUUCAUAGCUCAAAAAGGAUGGUCACAACAAAUACAUUAACGACCAUCUAAAGGCGGACCAAGUGCAUUCAGCUAUCAGUGACCAAGUCUAUAACACAGCUGUGAAACCAUACUGGACACAGUGGGUAUCCUGGCACUUUCCCAUCCUUAUGUAUGCCACAGUUUAUUCUAAGCAUUGCAGUAUAUGGCUGUGUUCCUUUGUCUUUGCAAAAAAGAGGAGGGUUGUGACUAUGACGGUGAUCUCAGAGACUGACUGCACAAGCGCUUCAGAUGUUAAUUAGACAUUUAUAAAUCGUAUUUUAUUUCUAUGGUACCAGGUGAUCUUGUGCCAAUACCUAGGAGUUCUGUCAACAUGACUAUAACACACAGCUUAUUAUUAUUACUACACAACAUUAAGUGUUGAGGUCAGUUCCAUCCAUUUACAAGCAAUGUUCCCUCUACUUUUUUUUGGCCACUGAGCGAAUGUCAGGUCUGCUGAGCGCAAACUUGAACAUUGUGAAAAUUCUGUGCAACUUCCGGCUCUCGUUUACUGUGAACACUGAGGCUGUAGCUGCUUUAAGUUACAGUUUUACAGUGAACACUGAGGCUGUGUCCGCUUUAAGUUACAGUUUUACUGUGAACAC